UUUAAAAUGAAGAACUCAAUUGCUCUCAAAAAGAAUGUUAUAGGAUUCAUAUUUCUUAUCAUCAUGAAAUUUAUAGUGCCAACCAAUGCUUUCUGGUCGACUGGUCAUAUGAUCGUUGCUAGAAUUGCUUAUGAGCAAAUUAAGUCAACUAGUCCAGCUCUCUUAGAGUUGAUAGAAACAGAAAUUAAACAGCUCAGCCAAUUUGCAAAAGAAGACAAAUAUCCAUUUGUUGAAGCUGCGAACUGGCCUGAUGACAUCAAAGAAGUUGGAGUGCUACAAUUUAACCAGUGGCAUGAGGUCAGAACUCCUAUCAUUAGAGAUGGAUACGAGGGAGACACCUUUGAAGAACCUCAAAAUGUGACAUGGGCCAUCAAUCAGAUGGUACAGACACUGAAUUUCACUGAGAAGAAGGGCAUGGAUCCUGGAUUUGGAGUUUCAUUUGCUUGGAGAUUUUUGAUCCAUUUGGUUGGAGAUAUUCAUCAGCCUCUUCAUUCUGGCACGCUCUACUCUGAGAAGUUUCCUAACUCUGAUGACGUUGGCAACAAGUUCAUAUGUUCAACUACGAUCAAUCCGAACUAUCCUGAAUCUGAAAUCACAAAUCUCCAUAAACUCUGGGAUUCCUGUGUGGACCAAUACGGUUCAAUCUGGAACCCUCUGACUCUAUCAGAGUGGGAUCAAAUUGGUACCUUUGCUCAUGAACUCAUGACUAAGCAUCCCAGAGAGUCUGUCUGGAAGCGUCUUGAAAUCACCGACCCCUUCGACUGGGCUGACGAAAGCCAUGAGUUCGCCAAGGAAUACGUGUAUGAUGGAGUCACACCUGGCGGUAAAGUUUCUGAAGCGUAUAUUGAGAGAGGAAGAAGACUCAUCAACGAGCAGUUAGCAGUGGCUGGGUACAGACUUGCUGAUCUCUCAGAAAAGAUUGCAACAAAAAGAUUUUAUGAUAUUUACAAAGAAGAGCCGGAAUAUCCUUAUUUCUUAGUUCAAUUAAACUAA